CUCUCCCCACAACAUCUCUAUCUUUUUAUCUCUACUACUCUUUUUAUGUUUCCAUUACCUUUCUCUUUACAACUUCAUCCUUUAUACCAAACCCCAAACUAAACCUCCACAUAAAAACAUUUUGUUAAAAUUAAAAAUCAAAAUUUUACAAAAUUUUUAUUUUUUUUAUUAAUAUUGUGAAAAUAAUUUAAUUUACCUUUUUAAAAUCUUGUUUUUUAAUUGGAUUGGGUUGUCCUAUUUAAUACCACAAGUUAUAAGUGCUUGCUUGCCACUUAUAAUCACCUCUCUUGUGCAGUUAAUCUACUCGUUUUUGGCUCCUUGUCUUUACAGCUUUCACAUACAAUUUCCAGGGGAGGCUGUAUAAAUGGCAGAUUACGACGGAGGAGAAGAAUAUUUAGCCCCAAUAGACAUGGAUGAGCCCUCAUCUAACCGUAAGAAAUACGGAGGACUUAUGCCUAAGAAGAAGCCCCUAAUCACAAAGGAUCAUGAGCGGGCCUUCUUUGAUUCAGCAGAUUGGGCUCUUGGCAAGCAAGGAGCAUCAGAUCAUAAAUCAAUAACUGCGGUGGAGUCCCUACGCCCAAAAUUGCAGAGAACACCCCACCAACAACUACCUCCUCGAAGACCAGCAUGUACCUCUGGAUGAAAUACUACUAUCAUACUAUGUAGAUUAGUCCUCUAGCAAGCAGCGCACUUCGACGGAAAUUAAUGAAUGAAAGCGUCAAAAAUAAUUAAUAAAAGCAUUCAGGGUGAUAGAUUCUAUAUGAAGUCAUAUUUUUGUUUGUUUGUUGGUGUAAAUUAUUUUUCUAAGGGUUGUAUUGUAUACUUGGUGUAUGGUGUUUCAUUGCGCUUACCAAUGUGCAAAAGAUCCACUAAUACGAGUAUGAAUGAUGUACAUGAUUGGAAGAAAGAGGGAAAAAACUCAAAAAUGCGCACUUUUAAA